UUUAGCUGAACGAGGUUCUUCACUGCUGCAAUGUGUAGCCUGAUUGCUGCACUGUCAGAUCUUUGGAAUUUGAUAAUAUGAGAGUUUAUUCGGUGGAGAUCCUCUAUGAAGAUGCUCUGAAUGCAUGUGAUUAAAAUUACAGAGCAUAUACCCCGUGGGAAAUAUCAAGUUUUUGCUUUUCAUCAGGAGUGAAAAUCAGCAAAAGAUUGUGAUCGUGCGUGCUCCAGAAUCUCUUAAAGCCGCUGUGUAUCCCUCCACAGACGUAAGCCACCAUGCCUUCAUGGGGACACGGCGAGGACGUUGGCAAAUGUCUGAAAGAUAUUCAAACCGUCACUGAGGGGCUGAAGACCUUGUACCGCGAGAAGCUUCUGCCUCUGGAAAAGCAGUACAGCUUCUCCGAAUUCCACUCUGCGGGCCUAGAGGAUGCAGACUUUGAUAACAAGCCCAUGGUGCUGGUGGUUGGUCAGUAUUCCACAGGGAAAACAACUUUCAUCAGAUAUCUGCUUGAGCAGGACUACAUGGGGAGCAGAGUGGGGCCUGAACCCACCACAGACAGCUUCACUGCCAUCAUGUAUGGAGACAUGGAGACUAUCAUCCCUGGCAACGCACUGAUUGUGGAUCCCAAUAAGCCAUUUCGCAAACUCAACCCAUUUGGCAACAAGUUUCUUAACAGAUUUCAGUGUGUUCAGCUACCAAACCAGGUUCUGGAGAGUAUCAGCAUCAUCGACACACCAGGAAUUUUGUCUGCAGCCAGAAAGAGAUUAAGCAGAGGCUACGACUUCCCAGCGGUACUUCAGUGGUUCGCCGAGCACGUGGACCGCAUCAUCCUCCUCUGUGAUGCGCACAAGCUGGACCUCUCGGACGAGUUCUCGCGCACCAUCGGGGCGCUGCGGGGCAACGAGGACAAGCUGAGGGUGGUGCUGAACAAGGCCGACCUGGUGGACACCCAGCAGCUGAUGAGGGUCUACGGCGCCCUCAUGUGGUCCCUGGGGAAAGUGUUCCGCACGCCCGAGGUGCUGCGCGUCUACAUCGGCUCCUUCUGGUCGGCGCCGUUCCGGGUGCCCGACUACCGCCGCCUGUUCGAGAGGGAGGAGGAGAGCCUGUUCAAAGACAUCCAGGACCUGCCUCGCAACGCCGCCCUACGCAAGCUGAAUGACCUGGUGAAGAGGGCUCGUCUAGUCAGGGCCCAUGUCUACAUAGUUAACCAUCUAAAACAAGAGAUGCCCAUGGUGUUUGGAAGAGAGAACAAGAAGAGGGACUUGAUCUACGACCUGCCGGACGUAUUCCUCAAGAUCCAGCAGCGCAAUCAGAUCUCUCCUGGUGACUUUCCAGACUGCGCAAGGAUGCAGGAGAGACUGAUGAGCCACGACUUCACCAAGUUCAAGGCCCUGAAACCCAAGCUCAUGACGGCCCUGGAUGAGUUCCUGACCACAGACAUCGCCAAACUCAUGCCACUGCUGCGCAAGGAGGAAAUGGAGGUGGCCAGCCAGCCUAAGGUGCAGGGCGGGGUCUUCACAGGCACCAACAGGGGGCCGUUCAACGACGGCAACCCCUUUACGCAACUUCAGGAAGACGGGGAAGAGAGCGAGCUGUCAGCUGCCGACUGGGUGGUGGCUAAAGACAAGAACAAGUACGACGAGAUCUUCUACAGCCUGUCUCCACACAACGGCAAGCUGAACGGCUCAAAGGUGAAGAACUGGAUGCUGAGCACCCAGCUGCCCACCUCUGUGCUGGGCCGGAUCUGGAAGCUGUCGGACGUGGAUCGAGACGGCCUGCUGGACGAGGAGGAGUUCGCCCUGGCCAGCUACCUCAUCGAGGUCAAACUGGACGGGCACGGACUUCCUCCGGCACUGCCUCCUCACCUAGUGCCACCCUCCAAGCGCAGGAGAAAAAGCUCAAAACAGGAGGAAGAACUGGUGAUAACAAGCAAUGAAGAGUGAUGUGAUAAAGACAGACAUCUACCUUUUUCCCGCCCUAACUUAACAUAUUUCACACACAUCAAUAGUCAAUGCACCAUUGUACACUUUAGUUGUCCAAGGCCCCAAUAUUACCAUGUAAAAAAUGGCCUACUGCAUGUAGAAAAAUAUGGGGGUGGGAGUGAGGGGUGGGGCUAAUGUAACCAAAUGGCCAUUGUAUUUUGGCAGUAUUAAUACCACAAACAAACUUCAAGCCCCUAGUAUGCAUGCAACAAAAGUAUUGACAAAGAAAGGUUGUAGGAGAUAAAAGAGGACCACAAGCUUUAUAUGUUA